AUGCAACGUAGCUUUGGGCCUGCAGCCCUUUUGUUUCCGUGCCGGGAGCUGGGGGAAGAGAGGAGCGGCCCCGGCUUGGCCGAGGGUCAGGGCUGUGCCCUCGGGAAGUCGGGGAGGCCCCCGGGCCGCAGGCGGGCAGCGCUGACCUCGGGGUGCUCUGCCCGCCGCCUCUCCCCACUCCCAGACUUCCUCCCCCUGAAGUGCGACGCCUGCGAGCAGAUCUUCUGCACCGACCACAUCGCUUACGCCCAGCACAACUGCACCUCUGCCUACAAGAAGGAUGUGCAGGUCCCCGUGUGUCCCCUCUGCAACACCCCGGUCCCCGUGAGGCGGGGGGAGAUGCCUGAUGUCGUGGUGGGUGAGCACAUUGACCGUGACUGCAAGUCCGACCCUGCACAGCGCAAGCGCAAGAUCUUCACCAACAAGUGUUUGAAGCCUGGCUGCAAGCAGAAGGAGAUGAUGAAGGUGAUCUGUGACCAGUGCCACAAGAACUACUGCCUCAAGCACCGGCACCCCCUGGAUCAUGACUGCAGUGGGGCAGGGCGUCCCCUCUCCAAAGCAGGGCAUGCUGCAGUUGCGAGAGCCCAGGCAUCCUCCUCCAAAACGGUCACUGCAUCGAGCAGUGGAGCUGCCCGGCCAGCAGACAGCCCCUCUUCUCCAGUCCCUGCCAGAGGAGGCAGAGCAGCUGUGUUGCAGACUCCCAGCACCUCCCCUCCAGCUGUCAUGCUGCAGAAUGGGCUGAGCGAGGAAGAGGCACUGCAGCGAGCUCUGGAGAUGUCCCUGGCAGAGUCAGCACGCAGCUCAGCGCAGCCACCCAGCAGCACGCAGGAGGAGGAGGAUCUGGCACUGGCCCAGGCACUGUCAGCGAGUGAAGCCGAAUACCAGCAGUCGCAGCGGCAGGCGCACGGUUCAAAGCCAUCAAACUGCAGCAUGUCUUAGGCAGGUGAGGCAGGGUGUGCCUGCGGAUGUGGGAUCCUGCUUGUGACCUGAGGAGCGGCUCUGGCCUCCCAUGUGGAUGCCAUGGGGUUCUGGCCUGGAUGCUGAUGACAAGAGCCCCUCGCCAGGGACAACUCAUCUCCCUGGGGGCUGUAAGCAAGCCACCAAAUUCACACUGACACCUCAGCCCUAGUACCCAUAUAAAAUCGGUGCAGCGGAUUGCUGAUGCUCCUGGAGAGGUGAAGACGGUGUGGGACGAGGCUGAUCGCACACUGACCAAAGCAAGCAGCAGCCCAUGGCAUGCACUUAGCCACAGCUGCUGAGGCCAUCUCCUAGCACUUCUGGACUGUGGGGUGAGGGCAGAGCUGGCCGGGAGGGAAGUGCCAUGUGGGGACAUCUCUGUGUGCUUGGAUGUACAGCUGGGAUGUGGCUGCCUGCUGCAGUAGUGGGGGGCUGGAUUUCAUGCUCUGGGGAGGGCCAUGCCAGCCCCUCAGCAAAGAGCAACUGUGGCUGGGACCGUCUCUUGCAUGGGCAUGGCACGGCUGAAUGUGUGGCCUCCCAGCAGCAUGAAGGCAGCCCCUUCCCCGCUCCCCAUGCCCUUGGUGCCUCCCCUGCUGUUUGCAUGCACAAGAGCACGUUGGGCCUUACCCAACUCGGCUGGGGCCCAGGACCUCUCUGAGACUGAAUGGAGCUGUGUUUCCUUUCUGGUUUAAUUUAACAAGGGCCAUUAACUGAAAAGUAACCCCAGUAGCGACUUGACUGCCAGCGUCGCUCGCACGGCAGGCCUGCAGCCGCCUUCCUGCUGCUGGCUGCUCUCUGCUGCCCUAAACUAUC